CUACUUGUAUGAGUGUUCUGACUCGUUGAAAAGAUCUUAACUUAACGUCUCGAAAAGGACUUUAAUUGGAGUCAAAACUGGUGGUAAAAUCUAUUUCACAUCUAACGUGUUUUCAGAAGAAAAGAAAAAAUAUCUAAUGGAGCAGGAAAACGGAAAAGAACUCUCAAAAUCUGUACCUUCCUGCGAAGAAGAAAAAGGCAAAAUACAGAAAGGUUUUUGUCAUGUUGAUCGAGAAAUGAUUCGAUUUAAAAUACAUUUCUUUUUGUUUUAUGGAGCCAUGGGAGCUAUACUGCCUUAUAUACCUCUCAUCGCAAAGGAUGGAAUCGGAGUUUCAGCAACGUCUUAUGCAACAGUUUAUUCUUCUCAGUUGUUCAUUACAGUUUUGUCUAAAACAACCUUAGGCUACAUAGCAGACUAUUUUAAGAGAAUGAAAAUUAUGAUUAGUCUUCUAAUCAUCGUGUAUUGUCUGUGUUUCUUAUCUCUACUUGUUAUUCCAAAAAUUGAUUUGUCAACAAAGUUGGACCGGAAUUCAACUCCGUUAAACCUUAUUGAAGAAAGCAGCAAUGACAUAGAACUUUAUAUUAUUUCAUUUCCCACAGGUGAAGUUUGUAAUAAGCUUUCCAAUGACUCCAACUUAUUGACGAUAACAAAAGUCGAAGGAGAACAUUCAAAAAAUGGUGAAAAUGUCACACAUAAAAGUUCAGAAAUAAUCUGUGCUGCAAAGUUAAGCCUUACUGAUAAAACACUGUGUUUGGAGUUAUGGAAUAACACAAAAGAGGGAGAAUUAUUGGGGACUCAGUUAACUUUCUGUUGCUCAACGUAUUCUCCGAUGCAAUUAAAACAAUAUGAAACACAAAUGAAAGCGAAAAAGAACUUUUUUUAUUUACAUUCCUUGAAUCCAGAUAUUUUUAAUGAUAGUGUCACUGCAUCAAGACUUUGUACUGCUAUUUUUUCCGAUGAAUCAGGACACACUGAAAAGUAUCUAAAUGUGAACAGCUACGAAACGUAUCAGUUUUGGUUAUAUGCAUGCAUUAUGAUUAUAGCGGGAACAUGCUCCAGUUCAGUAUUUACAUUGUCUGACACAAUCUGUUGCGAGAGUGUGCAGAAGUUCAAUAGAGAUUUUGGUAGACAAAGAAUAUAUUCUGCUAUAAGUUGGGGCAUUUUCGCUCCUAUAGGAGGGCUUUUAUGUGAUCUCACAAAUGGAUUUUUCUCAGCGUGGAUCCUAAUGGCAGUUAUGCAAAUCUUGGUUAUAUGGAAUUUAUACAAAAUGGAUCUCGUUGUACCUGAGUUUUCUCAAAACUUAACAAAAGAUGUAGGUGUAGUUCUUAAAUCUAGUACUUUUCUUGCUUUCAAUGCCGGAUCUUUUAUAACUGGCGUAUAUUGUGGUGUAAUAUGGUAUUAUCUGCUUUGGUUCAUAUCCUCAUUGGGAGCUAGUGCAUUUCUCUGCGGCCUGGUCCCUUAUGUGCAGUGCUUUGCUGGAGAAAUACCUUUUAUGUUCUUCUCAGGAUGGGUUAUAGAAAAAAUGGGACACUUCAAUAUAGUGUCUUUGUCACUUCUGGCAUAUGCUGUCAGAUUUUUGUGGUACAGCUAUCUUAGAAACCCGUGGUUGGUGCUACCAAUGGAAAUUACUCACGGUAUAACGUAUGGACUUUUUUAUUCUGCAGCAGCUUCCUUUGGAAAACUUAGUUCCGAACCUGGGACAGAAGCUACAACUCAGUCUAUUAUUUUUUCAACUCAUGGAGGAUUAGGAGCUGGUCUUGGAUGCGUUUUAGCUGGCAUUGGAUUUGACUAUCUCGGGAGUCAGGUUACGUUUUUCUACCUUAGUCUACUUGCUUUUGGCUCCACAUUUCUCAAUGUUUGCAGCACGUUGUUUGUUAGUAAACGUAAUGUAGUCAACACGGAUAUUUCUUCAUCCUUGAAAAAGUCGUAUAACACAAUGAUAACAAACUUCUCUCUGUUUAAACCAUCACGUGACAAGCUUUCAAUCGAGCCACAAAGCAUGCAGAAAACUAAUCCUGUGGGAUCAAGUGUUAAUGUUCCUCCAGAUAACAGUAUCAUCCUAAUGAAAUUUGAAAAAAAGUUAUGGCUAAUUUUUUUGUAGUUUUCAGCAAAACUCUUACAUUAACUAAUGUGUUUUCAAUAUUGUUAUUAGUGGCAUGAUAAAAUGGCAAUAUUGAUAAUAAUUGAUGCGUUAUAAAGAUUAAAAAAUAAAUCAUUUAUAUGCAUUGUAUUGUUCUCAAGAACUGUAACUGUUGGCACAAUACCAUUAAAAUUAUUUUAUAUAA